AUGUCGAAGAACAACACCACCACCAACUCCUCUUCAAACACCUUGUCUGGCAACAGCGGAGACUACACCAUCACGAGCUCCGGCACGAACGAGGCUAGAAACCACUACUGCCAUCGCGACCACGGAACAGAUGCCGCAAACCAGAACUCCUACCACUACUCCAACACCGAUGGAUCGUACUAUUACUCCAACUCUGACGGUUCGGCUUAUCACAAUGACGGAAAAGGCGGUGCUACGUACACGCGGCCGCCUGGAGGGAAGGAGUAG